AUGGGCGGUUCUCCUAGGGACUGGAACAUCCCACCACUGCCACCAGUUGUAGUGGAACUCAGUACUCUGACUGAGUACCUCUGUUGUAGCCUUCUUCCAGGAUAAAAUUGUACAUCAGUGAUUUAUAGAUCACUGCGGGUCACCACCCAAGCAAGAUGAAGCCCUACCCUGAAACCAUGGGUCCCUGACAGGAUCUGUUACACAUAGUUUAGGCUAAAUUAGCUAAGCUAUUAUUUAGAUACCUUGGAGAGCUUUUACAGUCGAUUUAACCUUCAUUUUACAAUUGUUUUUAAUUAAUUGCAAUUUGGAGUUUAUAUGUUUAAAUAAACAGCAAUAAUUAAGUUUUCAAGGACUGUCGUUCCUUCUGCCUCUUAAGUAUUUGGGCUAUCACUGUACCACAGAGAUCACGUGUGAAUAUGCUGUAGUUUAGAAACCAAAGGAUUAAAGGGGGUACUCUACAAUGAAUUUCCCUUCCUCAUCCCUCUUCUCAUAUGUAGACUACAAAAUGUUGAUUCACUUUUUAAAAUAUUAUUUAUUUGAGAUUAUCUACUGCACUUUUACCUGAGAAACCACUAUGCUGUAUCUUAAGUGCCCAUCACUCAGCAGACCUUGCUAGACCUUUGUGAAUGCAGAGUGCUAUUCAGGCACGUUCUGUAAUUGUUGGAAAUCUGUAUUUUUGCUAUUCUAGAAGAGUAAACAAGAACCAAGACUUACAUUGGUUGUUCUAUCAUGUAUGCUAUGUUUUCAAUCUACUUCUCCUUUAGUAUUUAAGUAGUUGGAUAAGAUGUACAGCCAUUGACUUAAAAAACAAAAAACAAAAAAAACCAUACGUCCCUUUCUAGUAGACUUUUACAUCAUGCAUGCCUAAUUUACAGGGAAAGAAAACUGAAGAAAAGAUAGCAAUUUGUUGAAAAUGUGUUUUUAAUUGCUGCCCAUUACUUUUAAUAUUCCCUAUAUUUAAUAAAUCUGUGCAUCUGAAUUUCUUUUCUUUUUUUUUUUUUCAGAACUCUUAUUAUUACUUGGGAUUUACAGCCUGGUUUGCAUAUUAUAUCAAUCACCCGCUAUACACACCACCUAGUAAGUCUGACCAGUGACAUGAUAACACCUGAAUCUAUCAUGCACCAUGAUUUUCUGACUUGUUUUUGUUUUUACAGGUUUUGGAAAAAUACAGAUUGCUUUGUCCUUGAUCUUGUUCCUGGUAGGUUACAUGCAUGAUUAUAAUUUUGGAAUGUUCACUCAUUUAUAAUCCAUUGUUUUUUUUCUGUGUUUUCUUGUAAUUUAAAAAAAGAAAGUGUUUUUAUAGAAUAUAACGGUUAGCCUUGAUACAUUAGAUUUCUAUUCCAUGAGAUAUUUUACAUCUUAAACUAGAGGGUGUAGAAACUACAGCUCGCAUGUAGCUUUACUACUUUUAAAGGGACACUAUACCUUUCAGAACAACCUUAGCUCAAAGGGACACUAGAGUCACCAGAUCUGCAGUUUACUGUACUUGUUCUGGUGAGUAUAAUCAGUCCCUGCAGGCUUUUUGAUGUAAAUAUUGUCUUUUGCGAGAAAAGGCAGUGUUUACAUUGCAGCCUAGGAACACCUCUAGUGGCCACUCCUCAGAUGGCCACUAGAGGUGCUUCCCAGGUUGACGUUCAGUCUCCACACUCUGCAUGGGGACACUGAAACUUCCUUAUAGAGAUUCUUUGAUUCAGUGCAUCUCAACAAGGAGAUGCUGACUGGCCAGGGCAACAUUUGGUUCUGCCCUAACCCCGCCUCCUUGGCUGAGAUCAUCAGAACUAGCAAUCUCAGCCAAUCCAAUGCUUUCCUAUGGGAAAGAAAAGUGAUUGGCAGAGAUCAUUACUUCUGAUGUCAGCCAAGUAGUUGUACAUGUUUGUGUUCCUGACCCUAUAGUGUCUUGCACAUUUUAUGUGUAUAGAUCAAUCCCCUGCAAUCUCACUGCUCAAUUGUCUGUCAUUUAGGAGUGAAAUUAAUUUGUUUGUGCAUCCCUAGUCACACCUCCAUGCAUGUGACUUGCACAGCCUUCAUACACACUUCAUAUGAAAUCUAAUCUUUACACUUUAUUGUACAGUCUGUUUAAUUUAGAAUUUCUCCUGCACGAACAGAAACAAGUGAUUUACCUCCUAAAUGUCAGAGAAUUGAGCAGGUGACGGUAGUGUCUCUUUAUGGCUGGAAACUCAUCACACGGUUUGUGGCUCUGCAACCGGUUUGGAUCUGCCUCCGGCCACUUACAAAAUCACUUGCUUUCUGAAUAUUAUAGAUAAUCCACUAAUAAGUGGUAGUUGUAGUGGUAGUGAAAUAAGUGCUAGUUAAUGCAUUGUUAAACACAUACACACACCAGGCAAGCCAUAAGACUUGAUUUUCUACAGAAAUCUCACUUUAACAGUGCUCUCACUACUGCAAGGGAUUCUGCAACAGAGAACCAUAUUUUUGCUUCAUAAUUCUUCUUUAUACAGUACAUGGAUUACUUGGAGUAUGUGUCUGCUGCAUACAACAGCUUUGAAACACAACAUGCUGAUGAGUUGAGAUAUCAACAGGAAUCCAGGUAUAAAGUGGAAUUAUGAGGCAAAAAUGUGGUUCUUUGUUGAGCUCAUUUGCACAUGCCUACCCAGAAUCCAUUGCAGUAGUGAGAGCACUGUUAAAGUGAGAUUUCUGUGGGAAAAGCAAGUCUUAUGGCUUGCCUGGUGUGUGUAUUUGUGUUUAACAUUGAUAUAUAUAUAUAUAUUUUUUAUUAUUAUUUUUUUAAUUUCUUUAUUUUUAUUGUACUUUUGGUGUUCUCACCAUAUGUUGCAUUAUCUUUUCUUCUUACAGAUAUGUGAAACAGGCAACUUCUCUGUUCAUGUAGCACUCAACAGCAUGAAAGCAGAUGGUACAUAUAUAUAUAUUUUUUUUAAAUUUUUGUUAAUGUCCCUUUAGUCAUUCACAUUUAGAAACACUAUGGGGGUGUUCUAUAUAGAAACUAUCUUUAAUUACAAUCCAAAUCACAAAAAAAGCCAAUGUUUGAAUAUGGCUCAGUGGAAAUUUGCCAUUUUGGACUUCAUUUUUCAAUUCAGCUUUUCAUUCACUACAAUUUGCUUUUUAGCGAACAAACUCUUACAAUGAGUAUUGGGUAGUAGUAGUGUGGGUUAAGAGGAGGUGUUUUCAGUUGGGUCACUAAUGGCACAAACCUCUCUCAGUGCUACCUGAAAUCAUUAAAAGCUGUGGGAAGGAAGUGAUGCAUUUUGCGGUGUGUUUUUGUCAAAGUGCUUUGCAAGAUGGAAUGUGUACUAUGCUGCUUUUGCUUGUUCAUAUUCACAAUUGUGGUAUGCCAAUUUUAUUAUGUAUUCAUCAUGAAUCUUUUUUUUUUUGGCUGAGACUAUCCAAACAAAAUAUUAGUGCAAGCUGAGCCUCAGCUGCCACCAUUUUAGUUCAGCUCAAUCAUUGGUCUGUAAUACAGCUGCUGCUAUGAAUCCAAUUCAGCAAUAAGUUGAAUUAAAAUGGCAGUAGCUGCUGUUGUGCUCUUCCCCUGUCUAAGCCCUUGGAUAGACUGAUUCCUCGAACAGAAACUACUAAACAAAAUCUCACUAGCCGCUAGCAGAGCAAAAGCUCAGUUGUGGAUGCAGGUAGAUACACCAUGCAUCGCAAUAGCCUUACAAGCAAUAUGGCAGCUAUGGGCAUCUUAUCAGGAACCAGGGCCAGUAGCCUCAAAUGGGAAACUAUGUAUUGAUAUCUCCCAAAUGGAAAGAGCUAUACAUUUGUUUUCCUUUUUGAAUUAUUCUCCUGUUGUAUCUUUAUUUUCUGUUAAUGUUACAAUGCAGGCCAUGUGUGCGAUAUGUUUUUAUUGUACUUUGUUGCAGCUAAUACCUUGAUAUCCUGUUGCACUGCUAGUUGUACUUUAAAUAAAGUGUUUAAAAAUAAAGAAUAAUAAUAAUUAAAAAAAAAAGUCAACAGCUGUUGCUCGAAAAUGACUCCUAGUAAUGGUGGGCAAACAGUCUGUGUCUGUCUGUCUUUUUUUUUUUUACGUUUGUUAGUGUAACUGUUAUUGCAGUGUAGACGUUAAUAGUAAGUGCUUAGGUAGUAUAGGGGUUCGCUUUCAGUGAUUGUCUUAAUGCUGCCUUUACCAUUAAUUCCUAAACUAAAACAUUAAAACUAGACAUACAGGUCACAGUGCUGGCCAAAUUUAGUGGGUGGUACAGUUUGAAAUGGCAGUUAUCGCAGCAGGUGGUAUUAAACAGCCGGUACAGCUCAGGAAAGGAACUCCCACUAAUCUUUUGCUUACGAGCCAGUCCUGGAAGCAUGCAGCACAUGAAAGCAAAGUGACAUGUAAGUGUUAAGGAAAAUAUAUACAUUUGGUGUGACAUUGCUGUCUUUUGGUGGAUUUCGGAACACUUGGAUAUGAAGGUUAAUUGUUGUCUCUGAGGAAAUAAUUUUGUCCUAGAUCUACUUAUUUCUUUACGUUAACUUUAAUAUAUUUUAUUUUCUUUCAAUAUGUCAAAGUUCCAAAAGCCCAAAGAUUCCCUCAAGCAACUAGGAAUCCUUUUACCUGGCUUUAUGUCUUUGUGUCCUGCCCUAACUACACAUAUGAGGUAUGCAAGAUACAAAUAAUAUGCAUGUCAACACUCCCCACGGUAGGCAGAAUGCAUGUAUGGGUGCAGUGUCUGUUUUCCCAUCUUGACCCGUAUAACAGUAAUAAGCUCUGCGUCACCACUUGCUUUGUGACUGUACCUGGGCUUAAAAAAUACAUUUCAGGUUGAAAUGUUGCUUUUUUUUUUUUAAAUAAAGGACCGUCACUAACUAGGUGGUGUUGCAGAAGAUGUUUUCCCUUUUAUUAAUUCUACAAUGAAAAACUGUUUAGAUAAAAUGCUUCCCAGAGUGUAGGGUAACGGGAUAAGACAGUAUAGUCACAGAUCAUAAUGGAGGUUGGUGGAACCCACAACUAAACAGGUCUUUCAAACAAUCUCCACUGUACACUUCUCCCCAGUUUAGAAUGUUCCAUUACUUUAUUCUGUCAAAGUAACAUUGGAAGUGUAACCAUCACAAAAGGUGAAAGUUAUUAAAUACAAUGAUUUUAAGAAAAUGUCAGACACCUUUUAUAUUUUAUAGCAUUUUCUCAUCGUGUUCAUUUAACAGGAUGUGCUUCAACCAGGUGAUCGAGGGUGGUGAACUGCCUCACACUACUUACUUUUUUAUUUUUUUUAUGAAUUUAGUAAAUUUUUCAAAUCUUACUGGUAGUUUGUUACAUAUUUUAUCGUAAAGAACCCCAGCAGUGUUUGAAGAAUAUAAAACACGAUUUCUAAAUAUUUUAAAGCAUCUGAUAUUAUCCCACAAUCCCCUGAUCACCAGGUGUUUAGUGAAUAGAUAGCUCAGCCUCCACUAGCAAAUUUACUCAUUAAAUUGGAUAAUUUAUCUGAUGUUGGAUAAGCAGAUGGCAGCCAUACCACCCAUAUUAUCAUCUUAUUCAUUCUUGCACUAUAACCUACUCAAAGGUAUAAGUUAUUCCAGUGCUUUGGUGACCUUUUGCAAGUGUUGCAGUGUAUGUUGCAAAUGUAGCAGUCUCUGACACCUUCAGAGGUUUCCCAUUGGGUGCAUGUGGUUAGAAAGCGAUUUGUAAAUUAUUAUUUUACCAUACAAAGGUUUGCUACAUAUACUAACAUUUAUUUUAUCUUGUAGAUGGGAAGCUUGAUUAGUUUUGCAAUAAUGACUCAAUGUAUACCAGGUAAACAAUUUGCUUCGCAUACAUUGGAUUGUGCUACUUUAGCCAUAUCUCUUUUUUAAUGCACCGUCACACUUCUGUGUGUUUUUAUUUCUUUUUCUUACAGCUGGAGUAUACGCAUUCAUUCGUUUCCUUCAGCUGACUAUUUGGGCAAGAGAAAAACAUCAUAAAUAUCUGAAAGACUUUAAGGAGUAUCCGAGAUUUAGAACAUCCAUCAUACCCCUUAUUCUGUGA